AUGGCAGAAACUAAGAGCAAUGGUGCUGAUAGCACCAAUGGACACACCAAUGGAGCAACAGACGGCUACACACCUACAAAGCAGUUGGACUUGAAUCAAGACCCCGAUCGUGUACUAUUCGCAUAUUGGGUUCCAAAUGUUUCUGGUGGCCUAGUGGUCUCAAAGAUACCACAAAAGACUAAAUGGGACUUGCAAUCUAAUGUGCGCUAUGCAAAAACAGCCGAAGAAUAUGGAUUUGAGUAUGCUCUCACUCAGAUCCGUUUCACAGCAUCGUAUGGCGCUGUGCACCAGCACGAAAGCCCAUGGAACCCGACAGUUGCAGCAAAGCAGAUCGCCAGCAUUGACAACUACACCAACGGGCGAAUUGCUGUUAACAUUGUAUCUGGCUGGAACAAGAGUGAAUUCCAGAGCAUCGGGCAAUGGUGGCUCGAGCACAGCGAGCGUUACAGACGCUCGAACGAGUUCAUUCGCGCACUUAAGGGAAUUUGGACAGCGGGCGAAGAGGGCUUUACGUUUGGUGGUGACUUCUACCAGUUCAAAAACUACGUGCUGUCCCCUAAACCGCUCCAGAAGCCCCAUCCUGAGAUUUUCCAGGGCGGAAACAGCGAUGAUGCUAGGGUCAACGGUUCCGAAGUCAGCGACUGGUACUUCAUGAAUGGAAAUGACCUGGAUGGGUUCCGCGAGCAAAUUGCUGACGUCAAAGAGCGCGCGCGAAAAGUUGGACGCGAAGAUCAAGUUCGAUUCGCUGUGAAUGGGUUCGUCAUUAUCCGCGAAACGGAAGAAGAAGCUAUCCGCGUCCUGCAAGAGAUCCAAGGCAAAGCUGAUAUAGAAGCUGUCACAGCUUUGCGUGACGCAGUGCAGGAAGCUGGUGCUAGCACCAGUAAUAAGAAGGGCAUGUGGGCAAACAGCAACCUAGAAGAUUUGGUGCAGUACAACGAUGGAUUCAAGACGAAACUCAUUGGCACAAAGGAGCAAAUUGCGGAUCGCAUUCUGUUGUUGAAGAGCUUGGGAACAUCGAACGAUUUGGUAAGGAGGUCUUGCCUUUAG